AUGUUGGCUGACUUGACCAAGAAGGCGGGCAAAGCACUAGUUAUGCAGUGGUUGCAGUCGAGCUUCGCCGCUAGCAAGGAGACAGCGUACCCCUUGCAGCUGGCGUAUGAGAUUGCACAUGCCUUUGCACAGGAGGCUGUCGCAAGGGGUUGGCAACCACCGGCAGGGGCCUUGACGCCACCUAGUCGGGUCCAAUACGCCUACCUUCGCGCAGUGGUCGGACUUCAGCCGAGAGCUUCGAAGUUGGCACCGGUCUUGUCUGAGUUUUCGGAGGUUCGCCACGUGCCGCACACGGCAGACAAGCCGCCGAUCGAGAUCGCCCUGUGGAAAGCCCUGCUUGUUAAGUAUGAUUACCCUGAUCUUGGUGUGGUUGAUGAACUUUGCAGUGGAACUAAGCUGACGGGGCCCAUUCCCCCCGUGCCCAUGUUCGAGCGUGUUUUCAAGCCAGCAUCCCUCACAGAAGGUGAGUUGAAGAUUGGGGCAAAGGCGGCUAGGGAAGCAGUGGUGCAUAGCGUAAAAGGAAGUGGUGAUGACUUUGACUUUGAGGUGUAUCGCAAAACGUGCGAGGAGAGAACUUCAGGGUGGCUGAGAGGCCCGUAUCGCCUGGACACGUUGCCACAGCACGCGGUGGUCAGCCGGAGGUUCGGGUUGAAGCAAGGUCCAAAGGUCAGGUUGAUCGAUGACUUCAGUGGUAGCUGUGUUAACUUGACCACUCAGGCUGAAACGACACCGUCCCUUCACACCUUGGACGUUGUAGCUGCCAUGCUCUUGCAAGUGGUGUGCAAGGGACGGGGCUUUGCUUGGGUUGGAAAAACGGUUGACUUGUCAGCAGCCUACAGGCAGCUCGCCGUCGCCGAGGAGAGUCUUUGGGCAGCAUAUGUGGUGUGCUUUAACCCGCACAGCAGGAAGCCCGAAAUCUUUCAGAUGUUGGCCCUGCCGUUUGGGGCUACUAGUAGUGUUUAUGGGUUUCUCCGUGUCGCUCAUUCUAUUUGGUACCUUGGAUGCAAGGCCCUGCACUUGUGUUGGACAUCCUUCUUUGACGACUUCGUGACAAUCGCUCGGAAGGGUGAGGCUGAGGUGCUAGAAGGAAUCAUCCGAAAAUUUUUCGACCUUUUAGGCUGGGCGGUAUCGAGGGUGUUUGAGUGCGGUCUCAGCUCACGCCCAUGGGGAUAA